CACUAUUCUAAAACGAAGAUUUAAACGCGGGCGAAUGAGGAAAAGGAGGAACUUGCCCAAAUCUGAAAUGCGUUUGAACUGUAUUUCAGAUUUUAUGCAAUACCAAGUUUCGACACUUCCGUUGAAGGUUAUCUAUAUUUAAGAUUCCAAGUUAAUUAUUCGCCACAAAGCAGGCGGAUGCGGCAAUAAUAUACAUUUAACGUAAAAAUCCUUCCACGACAUCAGUGUGUUUUACUUAUUUCUGACACCUCAGCGUCUAGAAAGUUUAUUUACAAAAGUCCUGAAAGACGACAGUGAGGCAGCCACUCGGCUUUUCCUGUCUAGUGGCAACAUCACAACUUGUCGACUAAACCGGAGUCAGUAGCUGAGAUGAUCCACAGUGUGUUCCUCAUUAAUUACACGGGAGACAUCUUCCUGGAGAAACACUGGAAGAGCGUCAUCAACCGUAGUGUGUGCGACUAUUUCUUCGAAGCUAAGGAAAAGGCACUGGAGCCUGAGAAUGUGCCUCCCAUCCUGCAGACCCCCCACCACUAUCUCAUUAAUAUAUACAGAGGGAAGCUCUUCUUCCUCGCUGUCAUCCAGACUGAAGUGCCUCCACUGUUUGUCAUUGAAUUCCUGCACAGGGUUGCAGAGACACUUCAGGACUACUUUGGCGAAUGCUCCGAAAGCGUGAUCAAAGACAACCUGGUGACGGUGUACGAAAUCCUCGAAGAGAUGCUGGACAACGGUUUUCCGCUGGCAACUGAGUCCAACGUCCUGAAGGAGAUGAUCAGACCUCCCACCAUUCUUCGAUCAGUCGUCAAUACUCUCACAGGGGGAAGCAAUCUUGGAGACACGCUUCCCACGGGCCAGUUGUCCAAUAUUCCCUGGAGGCGCGUGGGUGUGAAAUACACCAACAAUGAAGCAUACUUUGACGUCAUUGAGGAAAUAGAUGCCAUUUUGGACAAAUCAGGUUCCACAGUGUUUGCAGAGAUUCAAGGUGUGAUUGAAGCCUGCGUCAGACUCACAGGGAUGCCCGACCUCACGCUGUCCUUUAUGAAUCCCCGUCUCCUGGACGACGUCAGCUUUCACCCUUGCGUCCGUUUCAAGCGCUGGGAAUCGGAGCGCGUCCUCUCUUUCAUCCCGCCCGACGGCAACUUUACCCUCAUGACUUAUCACGUCAGCUCACAAAAUCUUGUCACCAUUCCGGUUUACGUGAAGCAGAACAUCAGCUUUAUGGAGACAGGCCCUUGCGGCCGUCUGGACAUCACAAUCGGACCCAAGCAGACGAUGGGGAAGACGGUGGAGGGACUGCUGGUCACCAUCCACAUGCCCAAAACUGUGCUCAAUGCCAACCUCACUGCCACGCAGGGGAACUACACGUAUGACCUCGCCACCAAGGUCUUGGUGUGGGACGUGGGCAAACUAAACCCCCAGAAGCUUCCAAACCUGCGAGGCAGCCUGAGCGUGCAAUCGGGUGCUCCAAAACCGGAGGAGAACCCCUCGCUCAACAUUGACAUGAAAAUUCAGCAGCUAGCCAUAUCAGGUCUGAAGGUGAACCGUCUGGACAUGUAUGGGGAGAAGUACAAACCCUUUAAAGGGGUCAAAUACCUCACGAAAGCUGGGAAAUUCCAAGUGAGGACCUGACUCAGUCACCGCUCGACAGUCGUGCUCCAGACUCGACGCUCCAAAUCUAUCCAAACCUCACAGCAUUGUUCACAAAUUAUUUUGCAUUUGAACAAUUAUUUAUUAAAUCCAUAUUAUGGCAUUACAGGCUCUGUACAUAAAAGUGGCUUAUUUGUAGCCUCUAAAGGGAAGCCUUAGUUAUGAUAAUAACAAUAUUAAUACUAUAAAUCACCUUGCUAUGUGACUAAUUCCUCCGAAUGUGUUUUUUCUUAAGGGAAUGUGUUGCUUUGUAAAUGAGCCCACACAAUCAUUCUUAAAAUAUUGCUUGCACGUUGCCUUUCUGUUCAUCAUUGUUUUCUACUUAUAUUGUGAAAAACUACGCAAUGCCUUAGUACACCUUGGAAAUGUGGCCUUGUAAGGUGCUUCCUUCAGGACUGGAAAGCAAUCUAUUUUAUGGCACAGUUAUCUGCUAACUAUUCUGACAGGUACUCAUUGGCUGUGGAGAAGACCGACUUAGAAAUAUGCACAAUCUUUAUGUGGUCUUGAAUGCAACUUUCUAUCUUACUUAUUCUUGCUUUUGCACAAGCCUUUCUCUGUGAAAAAAAAGUUCACUAUCAGUCGAAGUGCACAAGAGGUAUUAUAAAAACAUAUAACGUA